GACUUUUUGUUGUGAUUUGGCGCUAUAUAAAUAAAAAUUGAUUGAUUGAGUGAUUGAUUGAUUGUUCCUCUGUACACGGAGUGAAAGAGGGGGAGCUGCUCGCUGCUCACAAUCUGGCAUUUGCAAAAUGUGCUGCCACUCAAAAACUCUGACCUAUCAACAUCAUCAUGGUUAACAAGAAGCAAGAAUUGCUUUAUUUUAUUGGUCAUGUACUCAGAUAAUUGAAACAAUACUCAUUGACUGCUAUUAACUGGAUGAUCCAGCUAAAAAGGAAGCCCUCUGAUUGGGUGGCCCACCUAGGCCCACACACAGCUGCACUCCAGAACCAAACCACAUAUAAAGGUCCUGUAUUGUGACACAACUCAUACAUACACCAUCUAUAAACAUGUUGGAACCAGGUUGGUUGGUUGCAUGUUGUCAGUGUCACAAUACAAAAUGCAGUGAAAACAAUGUAUAAUAUAUGCUCAUGCAGGCCUGUUUGUGUAUUUUUCAUUUGUGUGUUUUCUCGGUAAAUGUUUAAUGUGAUUCUUUUUCUGUUGCAGGACAUUUUAAACUUUGAAUUCUUGCUAAACAUGAUUUGGAUGAACCCAUAAGAAGAUAUAAGUUUGGUCAAAAACUUCUAAACAAUUUGACAAAACAUGACACUAAUCUUACAAACAUGACUGAUGUCAAUAUACAAAUGCUACAAAUGCUUCUUUUCAAAAGUAGAUAUAUACUAUAAUUUUAAAUUAUUAAAUUAAGCUCUUUAUGAUCCUGCACGCUAAUUGCUUGAUUUUAAAUGCAUUCACUUCCAUUCAACAAUUCGUUGAUUUUUAUCUUUCACGUGUAUGUCCUGGUCCUGAGCCUGGGGUGAGCACUUCUUUUUUACUGUUGGCCUUUAAAGGAAUGAAUGUUCACAGUUUUUAACAGAAAUGUCCAACAGUGCCUAUAGUUGUUUCAGAUGAUUGGGUACAUUGUAAAAAAAAUAACUGAGGGAGGUUUUUAAUAAGAAUAUUUUUUAUUAUGAAUACAGACUUUAGAUUAUUUUUAAAAAGAACUGUGUAAAUUGUUAUGAUCCAUAGAUAGUGUAUAUCUCAGUCUUCAAUGUGAAAUGAAGCUUUAGUAGAACGUAAUAAUGAUGAACAAGUAUAUAUUUUAACAAUUCAUUUUUUUAAUGUACAAUACUUAAUUAUUUAAUUGAAGACAUCCAACCUUUCUUUUAACAUUGUAUGAUGUGUCAUUGUUACAAAACAGGGCAUUGUCUCAUACUGGAGUCAAUAACAUAAGACAGGGACUUAUUUUAUUGACCCCAGUAUGAGACAAUGCCCUGUAUUGUCGAUAUUUACUAUCAUGUUUUCUCCUUUGUUAGACCUUCAAGAGAUGAAUGAGUCAUCUCCUAAUGUGACUGUGGUUAUAGAGUAUCGAGACUCCUUCACCAAAGCUGUGACCAAGAAUGUUAUUGUUGUGGUUCUCGGGAUCUCCAUCAACUACAUUAAUGCAAGCCUCAUUCAAACCUUUCGCAAAAACCAGAUCUUCUACAUGAAUCCUCGGUACAUCCUGUUUUUUCACCUGGUGAUCAACGACAUGAUCCAAGUGACACUGACCGUCAUCCUGUUUGUCAUCAGCUACACCCUCUACAAAAUAAAUGUCUCCGUCUGCUGCGUCUUCAUCCUGCUUGCUCUUUUCACCACUGAAAACACUCCUCUGAACCUGGCCUGCAUGGCGAUGGAGUGCUACAUCGCCAUCUGCCUCCCCCUUCACCACGUGCAGAUCUGUACUGUCAAGAGAACAUCAAUGCUGAUUGGUCUAAUCUGGAUUACAAGCAUGUUGUCUGUUCUUCCUGAUCUCUUCAUAACCUUAGCGACGGAGCAGCUGGACUUCUUUCAUUCUCGAGUAUUCUGUCUCAGGGAAACUGCCUUUCGAAAUCCCCACAUUAUCAAGAAGAGGGAUGUUACCUACAUUAUGUACCUGGUUAUAGUUUGGUUUGUUAUCGUUUAUACUUACCUCAAGAUCCUGUUCACUGCAAGAACAGCCAGCAAAGAUGCUAAAAAAGCUAGAAAUACUAUCCUCCUCCAUGGUUUUCAGGUGCUGUUGUGUAUGGCAACAUAUGCAGCACCCAUGUUAAAACAUGCUCUGCAGCAGUGGUUUCCAAAGAACUAUCCAGACUCCCUGUUCGCUUGUUAUAUUAUAGUGCAGAUCCUUCCUCGCUCCAUUAGUCCAAUUAUCUAUGGCAUACGAGACAAGACCUUCAGAAAAUACCUGAAAAGGUAUCUGAAACCAAUAGCGUAGGCAGAAAUCACAGUGUAGUUGGGCCUAACCUGUCCAAAACCAAUCAUAUUUAAUAGGUUCUGAUGUUAACCAAAAUAGGCCAUUACAACUAUACUUACCUGAAUGCACCACAGUUUAAUCAUACAAGCUUCAUACAUCAUCAGAGGUAAUGUUACAGGCACCAAGACAAACAUUAACAGCAUCACAUAGCCUGGCAUGGCGGCCGCAUAUUCACACACACACACACACACACACACACACACACACACACACACACACACACACACACACACACACACACACACACAUAGCUGAUAGACGCAACAGUGCAGCGUAUGAAUAGACUGACAGUUGAAAAGAGUCUUUCAACAGUACAGCGUGUUGCUGCCGAAUUAGCAGCCACGUACGUGUCGUUACUACUUGGUACUUGUUGAGGAGAAACUGGUGCAGGAAGAGGUGUCUGGGUUGAGAAUGAUGGCUGAACUUGAGCUGUAUUCUCUUCCUCCUGCUCCUCACGACAUCUUUUUGUGACUGUUUUGUUUCACCAUAGUUUUUAUCUUAACCUACAUUAAUAGCAGCUAGCUAGCAGACAACAGGCUUCUGUUCCUGUAAAAUCUAGAAUAGAAUUUAAAAUCCUUCUCCUAACUUACAAAGCCCUUAAUGGUCAGGCACCAUCAUAUUUUGAAGAGCUCAUGGUAUCGUAUUAUCCUACUAAAACGCUGCGCUCCCAGAAUGCAGCUUACUGGUGGUUCCUACAGUUUUUAAAAGUAGAAUGGGAGGCUCCUCUCUU